AUGCCCCCCGGGACCACAGACGCGUCCCGGGGCCUUCAGAAGGCCCUCCGCUCGGCGCCAGGCGCCGCCGCGGCUACCAGGCCCGAGGCCGACCCGCUAAGCCCUCUAGCGGGGCGGCGUCCCGGGACAGGGCGGGGGCGGCCCCGGGGCGGGGGGCCGGGGCCCGGGGACCCCCCACCCAGCGAGACACACAAGCUGGUGGUCGUGGGCGGCGGCGGCGUGGGCAAGAGCGCGCUGACCAUCCAGUUCAUCCAGGUAGUGGGCCCUCACCCGGGGGGGGUGCCCCCGGGACCCAGAACUGAGCCCUUUGCGGGAUCCCUGAGACCCCGGUUUCCCCUCGAUCCAUCACUGAAACCCUCCUUCCCUGGGACCAGCCUUGAAAGCAGGGACCUGACUCCUCCGUGUCCCACGCCCCAGGUCCCCCGAUCCGAAGCCUCCACCUUCAGCGCCUCCCACCACGUGGCCUACUUCGAGGCCUCAGCCAAACUGCGCCUCAAUGUGGACGAGGCCUUCGAGCAGCUGGUGCGGGCCGUCCGGAAGUACCAGGAACAAGAGCUCCCGCCCUGCCCUCCCAGCGCCCCCAGGAAGAAGGACGGGGGUUGCCCCUGCGUCCUCCUGUAGGGACGGGAGAGGAGCAACCGGCACGAGCUCUCGGGACCAGCUGCCCUCGCCGAGCUUCUUUCCCCAUCUGGGUCUCCCAGGAACACUACACUCCCACCCGUGAUUCCUGGCCUCCUCCAGGGGCCAUCACCACUGUGUGCCUUCUGCCACCGCCUCCUUCCCCCACCCGAGCCCCAGGGUGAGGGCUCCCGGGCAUCCGGGUCACUGCUGUAUAUAACUCCCCUCCCCCAGAGAAAUAAACGUCACUGCCAAGGUCA